AUGAACUUGAAUGAGAAGUUACAGGUUGAUGAUGGUUCUGGACAACCAAACGAAAAACAAUUCAGAAGCUUGAUUGGAGGAUUGAUUUAUUUGGCGCAUACACGUCCAGACAUUGCUUUCUCGGUGGGAUUACUUUCCAGGUUUAUGCAUUCCCCUUCACAGCAUCACUUUGGUGCUGCAAAAAGAGUGUUACGCUAUGUUGUUGGAACAGUCCAAUUUGGAUUAUGGUAUAGCCAUGAAUCCGAUUUCAAGUUGAUCGGUUAUACGGACAGGGAUUGGGUACGUGUUCCGAAUGAUUCUCCCAUAUUGUAUGGUAUAUCCCGGGAGUGUUACGCACAGGGGACGACUGGUCUGGGCCUCAGCGCGGGCGUGGCCCAGGCGCCGGGCAUGUCAGCUUCCGGACACAUUACACCCAACAACAUCGAGUUACAUGGAAUCUUCAUUUUUCUUUUUCUGGCUUGA